AUGACGGGCCUUCAAAUUCUCACGCUCUGCCUGAUUGCAGCUGUGGUGAGCUGCAUCGAUGUGAAAGGUUUUGUUGGAGGAACCAUCAGGAUCAAGUGUGAAUACGACAUGAUGUACUCAAGCUACAAGAAGUACUUUUGUAAGGGCCAAAAUGGCCUUAGCUGUACGGACCUAGUCAAGACUUCUGCUCAAGAGACAUUGCACGAGCAUGGCAGGUUUUCCCUCAACGACAGCCAUAUGGGUCACUUCACCGUUCAGAUGACUGACCUCAGCCUGCAAGACAGCGGGAUGUACCAGUGUGCUGUGGAUAUUAAGAACGAAUUAGAUCAGUACACUGAGAUAAACCUACAUGUUGCAGAAAAGGCCAGAGACUUGAGAAAGAGGUGCAAGGAGGCAGACGUGGAAUGCAUACUGAAAUUUCUGGAUGAAAUGGAGCAGGAGGCUUAUGAAACAGCAACUCUUCCAUUAAAGGAGGUGUCCAGUCUGCUGGACGUUUUGCUGGAGGCUCCCCAAGAGAGUCUGGCCUCGAGGGGAGAGGAUGUGCUCCAGUCCACUGAGAAGCUGGUGUCAAGAUUGGUGGAGCCCACACAUACUCAGUCCCGCAGAAACCUCAGCACCAACACCACAGAGAUGGAGAUCCUGAGCAUCGGGACAAACACCACCCUGACGACACUGCAUCCUCUGAUCACGACUAACGUCUCUCUGGAUAUCGACCUCCUCAGAAUCGCCCAGAACAACAAUGGUGCUGCAUCUGUGGUCUUCAUGGUCUACAAGGACAUGCAGGAGGUCCUGAAUACCAGCUUCUUCAACACAGGGCAUGGCCACAGUGCAUCUGCAAUAAUGUCUAAUGUGGUCUCUGUCGUCUUGCCCCAUAUACUCAACAAGACUCUCCUGAGUCCAGUGAACCUCACCAUACAUCUCAGACGGACACACCCCAAGGAGAAGCUCUCCUGUGUCUACUGGAAUGUCAGUGCUUGGAUUGAGGACGGCUGCCACGUCAGUGAGAGCAACUCCACACACACAGUCUGCUCCUGUCUACACCUCUCCACCUUCGCCCUGAUCAUGACAGUUGAUCAGACCCUGGAGAGACACCCUGUGGUGGACGUUCUGAACACCAUCUUGGUGCUGAUUGGCCUGGUGUUCCUGGCCCUGGCUGUGAUGACCUUUGCCCUCUGUCGCUGGAACCCCAGGGUGUCCAACGUGGCUCGUCUGAACCUGUGUGUGUGUCUGCUGCUGGCUCAACCCCUCUUCCUGCUCACCCAGAGCUUCCUCCACCUCAUCUGGUCCCAUGAGGUGUUGUGUAAGCUGUUGUCAGGAGUCCUGCAUUUCCUCUUCCUGUGCUGUUUCGUGUGGAUGUCCAUAGAGGCUGUGCUGCUCUUCCUGUCUGUAAGGAAGCUCAGGCAGGUCAAACCUAACGAGCGGGCGGGUCUACAUUGGAAACUCAGCAUCCUCAUUGGCUAUGGGAUCCCGCUGGUCAUAGUGGGUGUGUCUGCUGGAGUAAGACCUGAUGGAUAUGGCAGUGAGGAAUGCUGGCUCAAGACAGUGGAUGGGUUCAAAUGGAGUUUUCUUGGCCCUGUGUGCUUCAUCCUUGUUGGCAACAUCAUACUCUUCCUCAUAAUCUUCCUCACUAUCUACUCCACCCUGAAGGAGGCACGCAGUGAGGCGUCAACAGUGAAAUACAACAGAGUCCUGCUGUUUAAAAUCAUGAUGCAGUUCAUCAUCUUCGGUUGCCCCUGGACACUAGGCCUGUUAGCGUCCCACAGCCAGGUUCUAGAGGUUCUCUUCCUGUUGCUCACCUCACAGCAAGGAACCGCCAUCUUUGUGAUCCACUGCCUUCUCAAUACAGAGGUGCGUAGCCAGUACAGGACGUGGUGGAAGAGGUUUGGUCCAGCCGUUAAACAGACAGGCUCCUGCAGUGGGACUUCAGUGUCUGUGGACCUGAAGCAGCAGCAGACCGGAGGAGACACAGUGUCCAGCACACCCUCCGUCACGCUCACUACACUCACCACACUCAGACCUGCUAAAGACGGCACGGUGUCAUGGGACAAGAUCGACUAG